CGAUUGCCCGGCAGAGGGCGCUGGACGUCCACCCUGCAGCCCGGGGUCGGGGUGCGGGUAAGCGGAGCCCAGUUCCACACCCCGAACCCGCGUACACGCAGGCGUCCCUAGCCCAGGCGAGUAUCCCUGGGACUGAGAGCUGAAUACCCACACCCAGGGCUGGGACCUUAGCAGAAAGGAAACUGAGGCUGGGAGGUCGGCCGGGAGGCUGCCUGGCGGAGGUGGCGCCGCUCUGAGUGGGCGGGGCUAGUUCCGGCCCCGCCCCGCCCCCGACCUCUUGGCUCCGCUAGUGCUGGGCGCGCAGCCGCCAGUGCUGCGGGCUCCGGGCUAUGGAUGCCCCCGGGGCCCCGGCCCCGACCGCCGCCCCCGGUCCGGGCAGGAAGGAGCUGAAGAUCGUGAUCGUGGGUGACGGCGGCUGCGGCAAGACCUCGCUGCUCAUGGUGUACAGCCAGGGCUCCUUCCCCGAGCACUAUGCCCCGUCGGUGUUCGAGAAGUACACGGCCAGCGUGACCGUUGGCACCAAGGAAGUCACCCUGAAUCUCUACGACACGGCCGGGCAGGAAGACUAUGACCGGCUGCGGCCCCUGUCCUACCAGAACACCCACCUCGUGCUCAUCUGCUAUGACGUCAUGAACCCCACCAGCUACGACAACGUCCUCAUCAAGUGGUUCCCUGAGGUCACGCACUUCUGCCGCGGGAUCCCCAUGGUGCUCAUUGGCUGCAAGACAGACCUGAGGAAGGACAAGGAGCAGCUGCAGAAGCUCCGGGCUGCCCAGCUGGAGCCCAUUACCUACAUGCAGGGCCUGAGCGCCUGCGAACAGAUCCGAGCUGCUCUCUACCUGGAAUGUUCCGCCAAGUUUCGUGAGAAUGUGGAGGACGUCUUCCGGGAGGCCGCCAAGGUGGCUCUCAGCGCUCUGAAGAAGGCGCAGCGGCACAAGAAGCACCGGCUCUGCCUGCUGCUCUGACCCAGGGCGGACAGACCUCACGACAGCACUGACAGGGGCCCCAGGUGCUGACUGCACCAGGGAGGCUGCCCCAUCCCGACCCUCCAGCUCACGGUGUCUGGGGCCUGCAGCUAGACUCUUGGAACAUUCUGGAACUCUCUCCUGACUGGGGCUCUGACCACAAACUCCCCUCCAGGCUAACCCUGGGACGGAGUGGUGAUGUGGGUGCAGGAGCCAGUGUCUGUUCUCGGGACUCGGAAGGGCCCUCAUCACAGCCACCCCCACCAUGAGUGUCUCCUCAGUGCAGACUCAAGUUAUGCUUGAAAUGAAAAAGUCCAUCUGGUGGUGGGUAAA